AGCAGUGCCGUCAGUGUCAGCCUGGCUGCCGUCAGGGUAGGAGUGUCGUCAGUGCCGGCCUGGCUGCCAUCAGUGCCAGCCUGGCUGCCAUCAGUGCCGGAGUGCCGCUCCUCUGCUACGCUGACUCCCCAGGUGGUGUACAAGAGUGACCGUCAUGGGGAAGCGUCUACAAACCAGAGCUGCCGUAGCCUGCAUCAAAACCUUGCUUAUGAUCUUCAAUGUUAUCUUCUGGUUGAUGGGAGCCGUGAUGCUGGCCGCAGGUAUCCUGGUGAAAGUGGAGGUAUACAAGUACAUGGAAGUGUCUGCUGAGUUCUCCGCUACUGCUCCUUACGUCUUGGUGGCCACCGGGGGUUUGAUGCUAUUGCUGGGUCUGCUAGCCUGUUGCUGCACUGCCAAGGGCCAGCCUGUUCUUCUCUAUAUUUACGCAGCCUUCCUGCUGGUGAUCUUCGUGAUCAUGGUGGGUUCUGGGGUGAGCACCUGGGCUUACAGGAAGCAUCUGAAAGCUGGCUACGAGGACGGACUUACCAGAGCCUUCACUGAGUACGAUCGCUCACCCUCCAUGAGAAGUGCUGUCGACAGUCUCCAGAACACGCUUCACUGUUGUGGCAUCCAGAAUGCCAGCGACUGGGUAGCCAUGCCCUUUGGUCAGUCUCAUGACACCCCAUACCCAGCCUCCUGCUGCAGGGAGGCCCAGGACACCAUCUGCGUCGCCCUACACCCUCAGGGUUGCUACUCGACUGUGGUCCAGUUCCUCGAGUCCAAGACUGGAGUCCUACUCAUUACCUCUCUCAGCUUUGCAAGUUUCCAGCUGGUAGGGGUGGUCCUGGCCUGUUGCCUGGCUCGUAACAUUAAUAGGGCCAAGUACGAGCAGGUCUGAGGUCGCGCCCCACUCCCUCGACCCCUACCACCACCUACCGACCAGCAGUACGCCCACGCCUACACUCAUCCAUCCCGCCCAGUCGCCCACGCCACCAUUGGCAGGAGUCUAUCCGGAGGAGCGAGGUCACUGCCUCGUCCCACACCCAGGCCGACGCCUCCAGAGACUUCCUUCCACGUCUAAGGAUCGCUUGCGACUUUGAAGGCGAGCCUGGGAAUCUCUUCCGUUGGUUCGUGACUUCGAAGAUGAAGCUGAGAACUUCUGAUCACUUGUAACUUCGAAGGCAGCCCUGAGAACCUCUCCUGUUCACUCGCGACAUCGAGAACAGGGUUAAGACCCUUUUCUGCUGACUUGGGACUUCGAGGUUGGGCCUGAAGGCCUUCACUGCUACCUUGGGACUUUGAGAAGUCGGGUCUCAGGACUUCUGCUGGCUUGGGACUUCGCAGACAGGCCUGAGGACGUCUUGUACUGGCUUAGAACUUCGAAGACAGGCCUGAGGACCUCUCUUAUACUGGCUUGGUACUUCGAAGACAGGCCUGAAGACACUUCUACUGGCUUUGUACUUCGAAGAUAGGCCUUGUCUCUAGCUUGGUUCCUUCUCCAGGGCUUCAAGAGCUGUGCUCUCCCUCAAGGUCACCCUUACGAAGGCGUGGAAUUAAUUAAGCAAUCACCACAUUGUGGGCGUAAAUAAUGGGGGUAUGGGAGAGUGGGGUGGGGGAGUGGGUUUAGGAGUGGGAUAAAAGGGGGUAUGGGAGUGGGAUAUAGG